AUGUCUCCCACAGAAAGAGAUCCUCUCCUUCCCAAAGUCGGCAUUAUCAGCACCAAAUUAUCUUCUUCACCGACGGCGAAUAAUGACGUAUCAAGAGCAACUCUUAUCCGGAUCUUAGCUGUGGUUUGGAUGGUCAGCCUUCUCGGCGCGAUGAAUGUAACGACCGCAGCAACGCUCCAACAGCCCAUCGGUGACGACUUCAAACAGUCACAUAAAGCGAGCUACGUGGGCACGAGCUAUCUACUCUCUGCAUGCUGCUUUACACCUCUAUACGGACGCUUGUCAGAUAUUUUCGGACGCAAGGGAGCAAUGCUCCUUGCGCUGGUACUCUUCACAACCGGAACUUUCCUAUGCGCUAUCGCCACCUCGAUGGAAGUUCUCAUAGGAGCGAGAGUAAUUGCUGGUAUGGGAGGGGGAGGUAUCCUUACAGUGUCAAGCGUCGUCGUCUCGGAUCUCGUCCCAUUACGAAGCCGUGGGUUGUUCCAAGGAUUCGCUGUUAUUCUCUUUGGGGCUGGAGCGGGACUUGGAGGACUGCUUGGUGGCUGGAUUCAUGUCAAUUUUGGCUGGAGGACCGCCUUCGGCUUUCAGGUUCCCCUCCUCAUCCUGGCAGCAAUUUUCGUUUCGAUACACCUCAAUAUUACCCUCCCUCAAGUAUCUCUGACCAUCGAGCAAAAGCUAGCCAAGAUUGACUGGCUCGGCUCACUGACACUCGUUCUGGCUGUUUCCUCUCUCGUGGUUGGGUUUGGUUUGAAGGCAACAGAAGAUCUUCAGUGGUCUGAUCCAUUCGUUUGGAUGCCGUUAAUCUUCAGUGGAGUUUCAUUCGCAUCCUUUUGGUUUGUUGAGGCGAAGGUGUCGCCGGAGCCCGUUCUGCCAAUGCGGCUUUUGCUCAGUCGAACCCCACUAUGCGUUGCAUUGACAAACUUAUUUGGCUCGAUCGUGGGCUUUUCCAUUAUCUACAACGUGCCACUAUACUUUAUGGCAGUUCGUCCUCAAAGCGCCAGUCGAGCGGGGCUUCACCUUUUACCCAUCUCUCUUGCCCUACCUGUUGGUGCCCUCUUUUCAGGAUGGAUGAUGCGUCGGACUGGCAGGUAUUCAUGGGUAGUUACCGCAAGUACUACAAUCUCCUUGUUUGCUUCAAUCAGUGUUGCAAUGUGGAAGGAAGACACGACCUCAGAAUUGAAGUUCUGGCUUACGAUUGCCCCGAAUGGACUAGGAUUUGCCGCGGUUCAGACCUCGACGUUCAUCGCAAUCACCGCAUGUGUUCCACGAGAGGACAUGGCUACUGCCAUUGGAGUUGUAUAUCUAUCCCGGGCAAUAGGUCAAGUUCUCGGCGUGAGCUUGUCGGGAACGCUAUUCCAGACCAUCCUCACGAAACAACUCCGAGCAAGGAUGCCGGGUCCCGACGCCAGUAUCAUCGUCGACGCUGUCCGACGUAAUGCGGGGCUUGUUGGCUCUCUUGGAAGUGCCCAGCGACAAGCAGCUGUAGACUCGUUUGCGUUCGCAUUGAGAACAAUUUUCAUCUGUCAAGCUGCUGUAUCAUUCAUCACCAUACUAUGCGCCUUACCAAUAGAGGAAAGGCCGCUUUCUGACUCGUGUGAAGAACAUGAAGGAUAUGAAGACCGACUAAAGGAGACUGCUUGA